AUGCCACGUCAACGUCAACCUGAUCUUAAAGGAAAGAAAACUUUAAGGCUAGAAAAAGCCUUGCAGGAGAAAGAGACGGGAAACAUUUUCUUUAAAAAAGGUGACUAUAAAAAAGCGAUCGAACACUAUGGAAAGGCUAUUGAUUUGGAUCCCAAAGAACCUGUUUACAUUAUAAAUCGUGCUAUGGCUUACUUAAAACUUAACAAGUUAGGAUUGUUGCUACAUCCUGAUAACAUAAAAGCCCUUUGGAGAAGAGGAAUUGCAAGGCGAGAACUGGGAAAAUUACAAGAUGCCAAAAAAGAACCGAACGAUAAGGCUAUUAAGGACGAGUAUUUAAAGGUGUUGGAAGCUAUAAAAGCGAAGUCGCCUGAUCGGACUCCUGAUAUAGAUGAAGAAGUUGACCUCGAUGAGAAUGAACAUAUUAUUGACUCAGCAAAAAAAGCACCUUUUACGGACAAAAAAAAUACAUCACAGCAAAUCGAAAAUGAAAACGGCAAG